AUGGCAACUGUGCAAGUGACUCGCCAGUCCCGGCUAGCAGAUGAUGCCGCGACAGCUGCUCUUUAUGUGACACAUCCUAAACGUAGGGCAUCUUUGCGCGCCCCAACCGCGACCAACACCCAGGACUUCAACUCACGCGCCGUCGGUGGUACUCCAAACCUAAGCCACGCCUCGGCUGCCUCGGCUCUCGCACACGCGAAUCGCAAGCCUGUCGAAGUAUGGCGGCCCCCGACUAGACAGCCUGCCGCCGAGAAGGCCGCAUUGUGCGUGAAGGACUACACUCCACCCCAGCAACCCCAACCCGCCACAGGGCAUAGUGCAGAGGGGCUGGGGGCUGCAAUGAUCGCUGUGCGUGAACAGAGAGCCUCAGUGGGCCAGGCCCCUACAUCUACUGGCCACAGGCGUGGCAGCUCAGCGACCGAUCGAUACCACCAUACAGCUGUCGGUGGCAACCCAAAGGACAAGGCGCUUCAGGCAGCGACGGGCGCUUACACACUCUCGCGCAAGAGAGCCGACUCAGCACCCAGUGAUCCAGGGGUUACCUCCGAAUUAUCCUUUGGCCGUGCAGCCGCUGGCGCAUCGCGAUAUGCUCGGGUAGAAGAGGAGGGCCCCCUUGAUCACUUAGACCCUGCUAUGGAAGCAAGCCGGCUCCAACAUGCCGCUAGCACUAACCCGAAGCUGUAUACUUCAUCGCCCCCUGUUCAAUGCGAAAUUGAGGAACAAAAUUACAAAAACUCGCAACGCGCUGCUGCCAUCUCCAUGGCAAAGGACAUGUAUAGAGUCACCAGCGCCAAGAACCAAUCAGGCCAAUCCCCCGCCAUCCUAGCGGCCCAAAAGGGACAGAGUCAACUGGGCUACCGCAAGACCGUAUCCACCGCGGAUGGGGCUGCCGUCCGGCGUGCAAUCGCCCUACAAGAAGCAGCGCAAAAGCGAGCCGCCGAGAAGCUGGCGCUCAUGCAAGAUGAGCAGGUAGAGUACCAGCAAUAUUAUGGCACCGCACCUCAACCACAGCGGUCGCGCUUGACCACUCGCCGCAAGAGAACUUCGAGCGACGCGGAUGCCUCUCAGAUCGACGCCGAGCAGUCGCGGCAAAUCCGGAGCCAAAUGACCAGCCUGCAGACCAAGUUGGACCAAGUAGAUGUACAAAAGACAAGGGAUCGUGAACUGCUUAUGCAGGCCGCCCGCCGCAAUGUGGACCAAACACUCCAGGACAUGGAGGCACAACUUUACGCGAAUACCGGUCGCGCUCCCCCUUCUGUACAGAAGGGAUGGGAUGAAGUUGCCCAGGAGCGCGUGCGACGGGAGGCAGAGGAUUUUGAAGCCACUACCGCCCAAGGAAAUCGAGUCAACAUCGGCGGCCAAAAGUAUAUGGACAUCGCCGACAUUGACGCUGUCGCUCGGUCUCGCCUUCAGCCUACUUUUGAUGAGAUUACCGAGAAUGCCGAGCUACGGAGAGCCCAUGAUAUCGAAGCCCGUCUGGAUGCCGAGGAGGAGCAGAGACAUGCUGCCGUAGAGCGCCAACGCGAAGCUGAGGUGAAGGAGUUGGAGAAGCAAGAAAAAGGUGCAAGCAAGCGGGACAGCAGAUCCGAGAGCAAAGUUCCCAAAUUCUUCUUGUGGAGGAAGAAGGGUAAACGAGCUCGGGUCGAGAAAUCGGAGACCGAAGAGGCUCAAGCUGUCUCGCCUAUCGCCCAGGGAGCUAUAGUAGAGCCGCUUCCGACUACAGCCCCGUACAACAAUGUCUCGACUGAAAGUAUUCCCGAGCAAGCUUCUAUUGAGACAGGAAACAAUGCCUCGACGGUCACUAUCCCCGACGAAGGUUCUGUUGUGACGGAGACAGCCGGUCCAGAAACGGCGGUUGCAGCGAUCUCAUCGGUCCCAGAGACUGAGCUUUCAAAGGCCGGUGAAGACGACGUGCCCGCGGCAAUCCCACGGCGGCCGAUACGAAGCCAGACGGAGCUUCCCCAGAUCGAGCAGCGAGAUGCAGCCGCCUCAGGCCCUCCAAUCGUGCACUACUUCACGCCGCCAGUCUCAAGCCCACGCGCCGACACCAAGCUCAAAAACUGGUUCCGCGACCGUCUCGUUCGCCGCUCCAGUGGCCCAGUCCCCAUCUACCCCCACCAGCCAGGCCCGGACUCCAAUACAGACAACGAACCCGCUUUCCAGGGCGGCGCCAGUCUAACCGGCCGCGACGAGUCCCGCGGCGUAGCACUUGGUUCACACCCUCUUGGCGUGGGUGAACCUAUCCCGACCCACAACAGAUCUUCGAGCUACUACAGCAACGACUUUGAUGUGGCCAAGAUUAACAGUGCGGAGUCUUUGCCAAAAUCUACUAAGCAAAAUGGGAAUGGUAAGAAGAGAAACCGUCUGAGCAAAACGUUCCUCAGGGCCGUCUCCCGUAGCCCUGAUGGGUCGAACGAUGGUGACUCCCGUCGUGACUCAGGAAUUCAAUCUUCUUCUAAGGAUGUCCGCAGCGGUAAAAUCCAGAGUCUGCAGGAUAGUACUAUCGGACAGAGUCUUCCUGUGCCACCCACUAUUGGUGAGACGCUGAACGGGCGAAGAGAAUCGCGAUUCUCCGAGAAUCUGUGA